AUGUCGGGUAAAAUAAGCGAAGAGGCUAUGCAAGAGCAGGCGGAAAGGGCCGAAUAUGUCAAAAAUAUUGGAAUCGAAUACAGAUUCGGAUGUUACGAAGAAAAACGACCAGAAUCGUGUCAACUACUUGGAGAGUAUAUGGAAGCUCUUCAACAAAACUUUUCUUCCGCUCUCGCAAUUUUCAAAAAAAACUGUGACGAGCACAGCUAUCCAAAGUCAUGUUUUAAGUAUGGAAUGUAUAUGUUGGCUGGAAAAGCUGGAGACGAUUCCAAUCUAACAAAAAUGGUCCGUCCAAUGAAGAUUGCUUGUGAUGCAAACAUUCCACAAGGUUGUCGAUAUCUGUCACUUGUUCAUUGGAAUGGUGAAAAAGAUCGAAAAGCGGAUUCUGAAAAAGCUGAAAGAUACAUGAGAAGAGCGUGUGAACUAGAAGAUGGAGAAGCAUGUUGGCUGCUGAGUACUUGGUAUAUGGGAAACAAAGAAAAGUUCAAGACAACAGCGUCCGGAGAAGCAAAGGAGCUCGACAGAUCAGAACUUGGACAGUUGUCACGAGAUAUGGAAAAGAGUCUUCAGUUUGCAAUUCGAGCGUGUGACCUAGAUAUCCCGCAAAGUUGUGCAAACGUCUCUAGGAUGUUCAAAUUAGGAGAUGGAGUACCGAAAAACUUAGACCAAGCGAAGAAGUACGCGGACAGAGCGAAAGAAAUUAUGGAUACAAUGCGGUCAAAUGACACGAAUGCUGGAUUUACCGGAUAG